AUGGCAAGUUCCAGGAGAAGUGCCGCUGUGUGCGUGGUUCCCCUGUUGUUCUUCACCUGGCGCCUCUGUGCCGUGGCUCCCUGGCUCCGCGCCCCGCGGGACCUCGACGACGCGCGCGGCUUCCGGCGCAGUGGAACCGCGCCGCGGCCGGAGCAGUCGCCGUACCGCCCCGGCAGCACGCUGCCGGCGGUGGCACCGCGGAAAGCGGAAGAAACGGAAGAAACGGAGGACGAGGGGAAGAAGAAGGAGAAGGAACUGGCGUACUCACCAAUGCAUCAGCCCUUCAACGAACGCCUGCGGCACAUCGCGCCCUACCCUGAUGUGGUGCGACAAGUCGAGGAGAACUUCCAGGGCAAAGGCGGUCUGCAGCGGUCCUACCACGCGGCCAAGCUGAAGACGAAGCCCAAAGAGCCCACUGCCUUGGAUUUGAAAGCGAAUCAACUCGCAUCGUCUCGGACGCGGCUCUAUGCAAAAGCACCGCUGCUGCACUCCAAGCACUGGCCGAAGCCGGAUCCAGGUUAUCCCGAGGUGGCCUUGAUUGGCCGCUCCAACGUGGGGAAGUCCUCCUUGCUGAACCGCGUCUCGCAGUUCGGCACCGUGGCCAAAGUGUCUUCAAUGCCGGGGCAAACCAAACAAGCGGCUUGGUACCGCAACCGCAAGGUGCGUUUGGAUUUCAUCGACAUGCCCGGCUACGGUCACUCCGCCCGGGCCAAGGUCUUUGGGCCCGAGGCCUUGGAAUUCGUGCGGAACCGGACCUCCCUGCGCGCUCUUUACGUCCUGGUGGACGCCCGGCACGGCUUCAAGUGGACGGACCACGAGUGGCUCACGGAGCUGGGCUCUGCGGGGCCCAUGAAGCAGGCGCCGCCUUGGCGGUCCAAUGGUCCAAUGGAUGGGAAAAUGGGCGAAAACUUCGAUUUUUCCGGGUGA